GACGAGAUUAGCCAAAAACCCUAACCCCCAAGACCCAGUAAUCCCAAACCGUUCAAUUUUGUUUCGUCCUCGAAAGUUUUUAAUUUUCUGUUCUUUUGGGCGUAAAAGGUUCAAUUUAAUUUUAUUUCGUCUUAUCGGAAGAAUCAAAUCUCUGAAAUUGUAAAGGAGGAAGAUAAGCAUGGAAGUAGAUAGAAUUGAUGAGCGCACGCCCAACCAGCUGAGACCACUGAGUUGUUCUCGCAACAUACUUAACCGUGCUCAUGGCUCUGCCAGUUGGUCUCAAGGUAUCAACUUCAUUGUUCCUCUGCCCCCACCUUUCGAUUUACUCCUUCAGUUAUUUGAUUUUGUUGGGUCUGGCCAUUGCCUUCUGCUUUGUGUAUCAGCUUGUUGCCAUUGAUGGAUUGUCAUCGUCGUCGCUUGUUUUGUUUGUUGCUUGUCUAGGGGAUACCAAAGUUCUCGCUGCAGUUUAUGGACCAAAAGCAGGGACAAGGAAGAAUGAGAACCCCGAGAAGGCUUGCAUUGAAGUUAUUUGGAAGCCUAAAACAGGGCAGAGUGGAAAAUUGGAAAAGGAGUAUGAGAUGAUAUUGAAGAGGACUUUGCAAAGCAUCUGUAUUUUGACAAUCAAUCCUAAUACGAUGACGUCAGUCAUAAUACAGGUUGUCGACGAUGAUGGUGCAGUAUCCACAGCAUAUUUUUGUCAUUUUACCAAUACACUCCUACCUUGCGCUAUAAAUGCUGCAUGUGCUGCACUUGUAGAUGCUGGAAUCCCUCUUAAACAUCUUGCUGUUGCAAUAUGUUGUGGUUUGGCAGAAAGUGGGUAUGUUAUACUGGAUCCAACCAAGCUAGAAGAGCAGAAAAUGAAAGCAUUUAUAUAUUUGGUAUUCCCAAAUUCAGUUCUUUCGGUCCUUCCAAAUGGCUCAUUACAAAAGAAAGGUGGUGAACCUUUGGAACAUGGGAUCAUCACAUCAUUUACCCAGGGUUCCAUGUCAGUGGAAGACUAUCUUCACUGUCUAGAACGAGGGCGUGCUGCGACUUCAAAGAUGUCUGAUUUUCUGAGAAGGAGCUUGCAGCCGCAACUCCCAAGUGACUCAUCUAAAGCUGGGUGAUGUAGAAUGUUACUGAGAGUAUCUUUUGGAGAGCCCUCAAUGACUCGUCAAAUCCAGUAGUUUGAUAAUUAAACAGACGUAAUAGUUUGACUGGCAUCUUCUAAGCUAGCUGUGGCUUUGGACGACACAAAUCCCUACUCGAAAGCAUUUUGGAGUCAUUUGAGAAGAAAAGAUAUCAAUUGACAUGAAGGAAUAUGCGUUGGUUUUGCGCGAACGAGUUGGACAUAAUUAAAUUAGGGAAUGAUAUAAUAUCAACAAAAUUAGGGAGUCCUAUCCUAAUCAAACUACCAACGGGUUUAUUAUAAUCUUUUUUUUUCUUUAAUAUAUAUAUUAUUUUAAUGCC